AUGAAGAAAACUGUAACCAGUACUCGUAGUAAUAGUGUAACUUCAAGAUCUAAUAGUGUAAACCCUGAACUUGACGAAGAUGACGAAGAUAUUAAUUUUAAGUUUAGAAGAACAAAUGUUAUAGGCAGAGGAAAAUUUGGGGUUGUUUACAAGGGUUAUCACCUUAACACGAAGCAUGUGUAUGCUAUUAAAGUGUUAAAUCUGGAUUCCGACGAAGACGAAGUGGAGGAUGUACAGAAGGAGAUACAGUUUUUAGCGUCUUUGAAACAAUUACCUAACAUCACCAGAUAUUAUGGUUCUUAUUUGAAAAAUACUAGUCUUUGGAUCAUUAUGGAGUAUUGCGGUGGUGGCUCAUUAAGAUCCCUGUUGAGACCAGGCAAAAUCGACGAAAAAUAUAUUGGUGUUAUUAUGAGAGAAAUUUUAAUAGCUUUGAAGUAUAUUCAUAAAGAUAACGUCAUUCAUAGGGAUAUCAAAGCUGCAAACGUAUUGAUUAAUAAUGAUGGCUCGAUUAAACUAUGUGAUUUCGGUGUUGCCGCGCAAUUAAAUCAAACGAAGUCGAGAAGACAAACGAUGGCUGGUACACCGUAUUGGAUGGCGCCGGAAGUUAUAAUGGAAGGUGUCUACUAUGAUACAAAGGCAGACAUAUGGUCUACUGGUAUAACAGCCUAUGAAGUUACAACUGGAAACCCUCCUUACUGUGAUGUAGAGGCUCUAAGAGCAAUGCAGCUGAUCGCCAAAUCAAAACCUCCCCGUUUAGAAGGUAGAAAUUACUCUGCAUUAAUUAAAGAAUUUAUCGCUACUUGCCUGGAUGAAGAUCCAUCUGAGCGUCCUACAGCUGAUGAACUUUUGAAAACAGCAUUCAUCAAAACAUAUAAGCCAUUACCAACAUCCAUACUAAAAGAAUUGAUAUCAAGAUAUCUUUUAUUUAGAGAUAAGACGAAAAGAGAGAGUGUCGCAGUUGUUGCUGAAGAAGAGCACGAAAAGGCAAAACUUCAGAACAAUUUCAAUAACGAUAUAAAAGGAGAAGUUCAGGCUACUGAAAGCAAUGAUGCUGAGGCUAAUGAAAUGAAGGAAAAUUUUGAUACGAAAUGGGAUUUCGAUUCAUUGAGUUCAACUGAUUACAUCAUCGAAAAUAAUAUCAAUAUCGACGCCAUUCCAGAAGAAAAUAACGACUGGAUAAAUGAUGAUUAUAACUAUGCUUAUCCAGACGAGGAUCAUUAUCCUUAUUAUCAUACAAAUAACAUUGGGAAGACCAUCUUCCAAGGAUCCACAAUCGGAAAAAAUGCAGCAGGGGGGACAUACAUACAUAACUCUACUUUAAAUGCUGUAAUGACACAGCAGCAUAGUAUCAUUAAUACAGCAGCUACCGGCAAUAAUACUACUAAUAAUAUUACCAUGAGUGCCAGCAACUAUCAUUCAAAAGUCAUGCAGGCGACAAACAACGGUCUGGUGGGAACAAAUGUUAACACGAAGACGGGAACAUAUACCACAGGAAGAAAAACUGUCGACGCUAAAGCACCAAAGGCAUUGUUAGAUCUUUUUGAAGAUAAUGAUGUAAUAAAUGAAGAAGAUGAAGAACUCAUUAAUCAAGAAUUACCGAGAAUGAACAAUAAUCUUCAUACAACCUCUUUAUCUGAUGAUAUCUCUGCAACAACAGCCGUGGCGGCAGCAUCUGAUGUUACAUCUCCUGUAGCUCAUCCCGGUAUUCUGACUUCGAACGCAUAUUAUAGUCAGAGUUCCCCAGCAUUACCUGUUCUUCAAACCAAAUUUAGUAAAUCUUCCAAGAUUCCCGCUGGUCCUAUGACAGCCAUACCAACUUCCAUAGAAAUUGAAAUUCCUGAAGAGUUACCAAAUAGUAGUAUGACCACUCCUUCGAAUACUAGUAACACUAACAAUAUCAAUAUUACUGGUAAUAGCAGCACAGAUCUUAACCUAUUGCAUACUAAACCAAGGUCUGCCACAUUGUCUAGUUCUCCUUUAGCAUAUAAACAGCCUCUACAAGUCAACAGGAGACCCGCAAUUUCUGGAAGUGGCUCCAACAGUACGAAUAGUGUCGUACCUGAGGAGACAUCUAGAUCUGUUAGCGGCACUGGUCUUCCAACAUCUGGAUCUAAAGUGAAUAUGAUUUCAAAUCACAAGACGCCUUCACCUUCUCAGCUAUUAAAUAAAGCUGGUACAAAUGUUUCCCCAAUCAGGAAACCUACAGUAUCUCCAAUCGUAACUUCCUCAAUGACAAGUACUGUUCCUGUUGCAAUGAAACCUGUCAAUUCCUCUUCGAAUACGGAUUCUGAAGUGAAAGACAUUCUAUUACAACCAUUGAAUAACAACGCAUCUAGUAUAUUAAACGACAAGGAAACAAGUAGAGUCAGUGGCGAUUUCAGAAGAAAUAACCCAAAUUUGAAGUUGCAAAUGCCGCUACCCACUACAGCAUUGCGGACGAAACUUUUGGAUGGGGCAACUAAUUACGUUUCUGCAAUGGCAAAUGCUGCUGAUGAAAAGAUCAAUCAGUUUGGUAUCAACACAAGUACGGCUCAGAAUAUCCCUGUCUCUAUGACACCGAUUGGUGACAAGCAUAUGGAUUUUGGCCUGCACGCACGGGUCAAGAGGAGCCACAGCACUGUUAAUAGGAAAAGCUCGUUUUCUGCCGGUGAGUAUCCAGGCUCAACGGUAUCUACUAUAACCACGGUAACCUCCAACGCCGCUACUGCGUCUACAACUAUGGCAAGACCACCUACUGUUUUGAAGAUGGACAUGUUCCAGGACGUUGAUCUCAACAGUACGGGCAACAGAGGUCACAUCACAGUGGAUCGUAAGCCAUACAUGCUUACCGAACUCGACAAGCUACUCAAGAUGUUCGAAGAUGGACUCCCCGCUAUAGAAAGCAUUCUGAAAAAACAACUUGCAUCUGAUACCAGUUCUACCACAGCAGCAGCGACAGCUCCAGCACAAACGGUCACAGCCGCGACAGCUCCAGCUCUCAGCACCAGCGCCACCGCUACAACCAUACCGGAAGACCAUCGCCAGUAG